UCAUUCAGAAAUGGUGGGUGUUAUUUGGUGUGUGUGAUUAUUUUGGAUUCCAUUUUACUUUUUAAAGUAAAGAUAGUUGAUACAAGCGUGUUUAUUGGAAUCUAUAUUAUGUCUUUAGCAUGUGUCUUCAGGAUAAUGCCCUCAGAGGAUUUGAAGGUCUCUAAAGGCUGGCAUAUCACAUAAAGGAUCAAAAACAUUUCUACUAUGUGUGUUAACAGAAGACAUUCCGAUGUAAAUUAUUGAUGCAGCACAAAGUGCAAGGAGAAAAUGUGCAAUAUUCACCUAAAAAGUAUGGAAUAGAAAAAGCCCAGAACCAAGAGAAUCAUUGUAUGUAGUCUGAGUGUACAUUAAGAAUGUCUGGAGGCACAGAAAAUAACCGAUAUAUUGUACAGGUGUUUGUGGGCGCUCUAUCACAGCAUUAUGAGGCACUCUCAGUUGAAGCCAGUAAGCAGACAACUUCAGAAGAGAUUGUAUCAUGCAUUGUGGAAAGACUGUCAUUGGCAGAUAGUCCAGGCGGAAGUUAUGAAUUGGCUGAGGUGAUAGGGGAUUCAGUAGGUCAAGAAUGUAAAGAACGUCGUCUAGGUCCCACAGAGUCUCCUGUAGCUCUGAUGUUGCUGUGGCCAAAGAUAUUACACUCACAGCAAGAGUAUUAUAGGUUUUAUCUUCGUGAGAAACUGAUUGACUCUCUGUGGACUGAUAGUUUCACAAUGGAUCCACAACUCAUAAGAGACUACUUCUAUAGAUUCCUGUAUCAGCCCAAAGACCGAGAGUAUCCUGAUUUAUGUCAGUUGCCAGAUCUUAAUGAGCUUGUUCUGUUGGACAAUCUUCGAGCACGCUUUAUUGCUGGUCAUAUUUAUACAUAUGUUGGCUCAAUCCUUAUUGCUGUCAACCCAUUCAAGUUUCACCCAAUUUACAACCCCAAGUAUGUAAAGUUAUACCAGAACCGAAGGUUAGGGCCAGAACUUCCCCCACACAUCUUUGCUGUUGCGGAUGCAGCAUAUCACUGUAUGCUAAAGGAAAGACGAAACCAGUGCGUAGUAAUUAGUGGCGAGAGUGGUAGUGGGAAGACGGAGAGCACCAAUUUUCUUCUGCACCACCUGACAGCUCUCAGCCAGAAAGGAAGUUACGGCAGUGGAGUGGAGCAAACCAUACUAAGUGCAGGACCUGUACUUGAGGCUUUUGGAAAUGCAAAAACAUCACAUAACAACAAUUCAAGCAGGUUUGGAAAGUUCAUCCAGGUCAAUUAUAAGGAGAAUGGAAUGGUUCAUGGAGCUGUUGUUCAAAAAUAUCUUCUAGAAAAGUCACGCAUAUGCUCACAAGGACGCAAUGAACGAAACUAUCACGUUUUUUACUACUUGCUGGCAGGAGCAUCUGAAUCAGAGAAGCAAUUGCUUCAUCUUCAGAAGACUGAGAAUUACAACUAUCUUAGCAAGAGUGGUUGCUACAUCUUGGAAAAUGUUGAUGAAAACUAUGAGUUCUCUCGACUAAAACAGUCAAUGGAAAUGGUUGGCUUCACCCCAGAGAAACAACGGCGACUAUUUGCUGUUUUAUCAGCUGUUUUACUUUUGGGAAAUGUGGAGUUCCAGCCUCGCAAGUCAGCGUACCAUCAUGAUGAGGCAGUGGGUGUACGAAAUCCUGAGGUAGUCCUCCUCAUCUCAGAAUUGCUACGGGUUAAACAGGAGACACUUCUUCAGGCUCUUACAGCAAAGAGGGCCAGAGCUUCUGGAGAGACACUUGUGAUCAACUAUAGGCUGCCUGAAGCUGUAGCUGCUCGUGAUGCAAUGGCAAAGUGCCUGUAUGGAGCUCUGUUUGACUGGAUUGUUCUCCAGGUAAACCAUGCUUUGCUGUCCAAGAAGGAUACACUUCGAGACCAUCAAGGAAAUUCAAUAGGAGUCCUUGAUAUUUUUGGUUUUGAGGAUUUUGGUGUGUGCAACAGCUUUGAACAGUUUUGUAUCAACUAUGCUAAUGAGCAUCUGCAGUAUUAUUUUAAUCAGCAUGUUUUUAAGUAUGAACAAGAAGAAUAUCGUAAGGAAGGCAUCCGCUGGACAAACAUUGAUUUCAUGGACAAUACAGCCUGCUUGCAGCUGAUUGAAGGAAAACCCAAUGGCUUGCUCUGCUUGUUGGAUGAUCAGUGCAAUUUUCCUGGAGCAACAAAUGAAACACUGCUACAGAAAUUCAACUCUGUCCACAAAGAAAAUAACUUCUAUGAAAUUCCACAAAGGAGGGAAGCAGCAUUUAUUGUCAGGCAUUAUGCUGGAAAAGUCAAGUAUCAGGUGUUGGAGAUGAGGGAGAAGAACCUGGACUUGAUGCGUCAGGAUAUAGUUGGUGUUUUGAAAAACAGUAGCAUGGCAUUUGUGAGAGAAUUGGUUGGAGCAGAUCCUGUAGCUGUGUUUCGAUGGGCCAUUGUUCGAGCAUUCUUCCGGGGAUAUUUUGCUUUUCAUGAAGCCGGUAGAAAGCACAGGCUGUGCAGAGCAGAUGGCAAUAAACCAAGUGCAAUACAGAGCCGUUACAGAAACCACACUCCAAACGAGAAUUUGAUCAGCUUUUCACCAAAACAUAACAGCAAUGUUAGUGGCUCAUCUCGAUUGUCAUAUGGCUGUCAGAAACAACGAAGCACAAAUAACAGCGAAUCUCAGGUUGGAUUACAAACAAGCCCAGGUAACAGCCAUAAUCGAUUAUCAUGGCCACAGUUCCGCAACACCAACACAACAAAUCCUCAACAACGAAUUGAGAGUGAGUUCUCCUUUGUCAGAGAAGCACCAUCUUUACCAUUGUGUGAUAGUGUAACACCAAUGAUUAGCACUGAGACAGGUACUCAGGAAUCCACACAAACCAGGAGAGACUCUUUGAAUCGACAGCAAGGCGCACUGGAGAGAGUACUGUGUCCAGAUGAAGCUAAAGUUCUGGAACGAGCAAAUCAGAUUGUCAUGAAAAACAAGUCCUUUCGACCAAGGGAACGAGGCAAAAAGGGUUUGAAGAACUUGCAAACUGUGAAGACACUGGCAGGACGAACCCAGAGUUAUGGUUGUAGUAAUCAGCAACUUGGGAAGGCAAGAAAGCAGCCUCUCACUGUUACUGCUCAGUUUCAGCAGUCUCUCCAUAGCCUCAUGGAUACACUUAACCAGGCUAAUCCAUUCUUCAUACGAUGUAUAAAGAGUAAUAGUCAUAAGAUUCCUAACAAAUUUGAUGAAGAGACAGUUCAGCGCCAGUUGCGUUACACGGGUAUGCUUGAGACAGUGAGAAUUCGACAAGCUGGGUACAAUGUUCGGCUUACAUAUGAUGAAUUUAUACAGUUAUAUAGAAUCCUGUUACCAAAAGGACUAGUUAGUUCUCAAGCAGAUGUUCGUGACUUCCUAUUCACCCUGAAUUUGAACCGUGAUAACUACCAGCUUGGUACCAGCAAAAUUUUCUUGAGAGAGUCUGAGAAGGUGAAGCUGGACUACAGGCUACAUCAACAAAUUAUGGCUAGUAUUGUUGCAAUUCAGCGUUGGACUCGUGCUAUGCUGGAACAGCGGAGGUUCCGUCGACUACGGGAAGCUGUGAUUCUCAUUCAGUCUCAAUGGCGCAUGUUGCUGGCACAACGGCUAUUAAACCAGACGCGAGUACGACUAACAGCAGCAUUACAGAUUCAAAGGGCUUGGCGCUCAUACAAGGCAAGUGCCUGGUACCGGAAACUGAGGUCCGGUAUUGUGGUGUUCCAGGCACACAUCAGGGGAUAUCUGGCUAGGAGAAGAUUUAUGGAGGCCAAACAUACCAGAGAGGAAGAGGCUCGCCACCAAGCCAGCAACAUGGAUUCUCGUUCGGCCCAGAGCACUGAUGAAGCUUUCCUUUCAAAGGAGUCAAGUCAAGAGGAGCUAGAUGAGCGGUUAGAAGCAGAGGACAGAGAAUUGCAAGAUUCAGAGGAGAGCAGUGGUAUUCAGGAAGACAGUGAAUCAGAAUUCACUGUUCCUGAGUCUACUUCUUCAGCUGGACCAGUAGGGGCAGGUAGCAGACCUUCAGGACCAAGUGCAAUUUUAUCUGCUCCUUCCAGUGAUAGGAAAGCUCUUAGGAUAAAUGAGCCAAGCAAACAGUCCCUUGGACUUGAAGUUUCAUAUUCAAAAAAGAAGAUCUCUGUGAAGAGAAGCAAGGGAGUAAAGACUGAAGCAAAAACUAACCAUAGAGCAUAUCAGGAAGAGAAAAUGAGUGGAAAAUUUUCGGCAUCUAGUGUAACAGAAUCUGGAAUUGGAGCUGCUUGGUCUGUGACAGAGAGGAAAGGAAGCAGUGAUUCAUUAACAUCCCAAAAGAGUAUAGAAUCUCAGCGAAGUAGUGACUCCCAAUCUAGUGCCCCAGUUCGUGACACACUGCACAAAGCUAAGAGACAGAUACAAGCUCUCAUCGGCGUUGGUAAGAGGCCUGACAAGUGGGAUGGUGGUAUUGCACCUCUAGUACAUAGUGAUGGAGAAGUUGAUGAGACCAACUCCACCACCUCUAAGUCAGCACCUCCAGUCAUCACUUCAACACCUAGUAGUGACUCAUUUGCAGGAAGCGAUCACAGACAAGAACAUAUUGUGUGGAGGAAACGUCCAGACUUUGCGUUUGAUGUGAGUGAUGGAGGUUCAUCCAGAAAGUCAAUAGUGACAGACUCAACAGACACAUCUCAAGAUUCCAGACUAAGUAGCACUUCAAGCUCGGAAAUGUGCUUUUUAGCCCCAGUUGUCAGGCGAGAAUCAAAGUUAAGCCAUCAAGAGGCUGCGGCUGCCUUCUUGUUUGCAGAACAGAGGAACCGGACUCUAAAAACAAGUAUAAGCCAUGAUGAGCAACGGUCACUUCAUAAUCCAGACCCAGAGGUUCCUGUACGAAUGGCACGGAGGCAGAGAUCUACUCGAGAGAUAUUAUGCCGUAGUGUUGGUGAAGAGUUAACAGACAAUGCCAGUGCUGACCCUGCUAGUAAUCCAGUCUUCCUUGGAACCAUCAGAGAAUCAAGCAUUUCUUCAGAUGGAAAUUCAGCUGGAGAGAACAGAACGAUGUGGGCAUCAAGAAAAGCACCACGGUCUAGUGACGGCAGUGAGAGUUCAUAUGCUGGCCGCCUGUCAUCUUCACAAGAAGCAGAAUCCUCACCAGAUUUGGAUAAUUCAACAUAUAUCAAGUCAGGGCUUCAGAUCCAUUCAGUAGCUACCAAGAGGAGUAGAAGUGGUGCUAUAACGUCCUUGGAGUUGAAGCGAAGAAACAGUGAUCCAGCCACAAAGUGUGGAUUAUUAAUAACAGGCCAGCCAUCUGGAAUGGAUACUCCUACUAAAGUGUCGGAUGUACUGGAGUGGAAAGGAACUAUGUUCACAAUUGCAGGCCACAGGUUCAGAAAAGUGGCAAGGUUUUCCAAAGAAGAUAAAUGCAUCUCCUGUGAUAAACCAAUGGAUGCCUUUGUCACUCAAGGACACAAGUGUUCUGACUGCAAGCAGUUAUUCCAUACAAAGUGUAUCCAGAAUGGAGGAAUUUUACGUAUUCCAUGUCAGCAACAGCAGUCAGCACCAUCUGUACGUAGGAAUAAAUAUAAGAGUUCACGAACACAACAUGAUUUGGUGAAACCUGCACCAGGUAGCAAAUUCAAUCUCACUGGAACCUCAGAGUUUACAGACAGCACAGACAAGAUAAUAUCAGAUGCUACGGAGUUACAGUUUAUGCAAGACUUUAUCACACAAAAGAUCUACAAGAUUGAGAGUGAGGAGGGCAAGAAGCCUAGUGAAGUGGACCGAGUGUUUAAACAGGCUCUGAGGGAGUUCAAGGAUAAUCUUGUAGCAACAUACAGUGUCAUGAAUAAACAGGGUGCUGAGGGACUGAACAUAAAAUACAAGGAUCUCAUUGCAAACUUUUUGCAUGUGAUGGAAACUGUGUGUAAUCAGGAACAGACUCGCGAAGAUUUUCCCGUUACUAUGGGUGUAAAUGCUUUCCGAGGCUUUAUGAAUGAAUUCAUGAACCGGAAUCGCCUUGAGGAAAAACCUAACAAGGCAAAGCGAAAGAAGGAAAAGAAGCGCAAGAUUGAAGAUCCAAUAGCAUAUGCAGGACACACAUUUCUCCUCACAAUUAUUAACAUCCCAACAGCAUGUGAAAUUUGCACAUCGUUCUUCAUGUGGCCUAUAGAAAGAGGCCUUGUCUGCCAAAAUUGCAAGCUAACAUGUCAUAAAAAGUGUUAUUCAAAGGUGACAGUGAUGUGUGGGAAGGAUGCAGUGGGAAGCUCUAACCAGGAAGGAUCACGCGUGUUUGGUGUUCCUCUGCACCAGUUGGCAGUUGGUGAUGGCAAAGUGCCCAUUGUGGUGGACAGGCUCAUUACUACAAUAGAGAUGUAUGGUCUCUACACUGAGGGCAUUUACAGAAAGUCAGGAGUAAGCUCCAAAGUAAAGGAACUGAAAUUUCGAAUGGAAGAAGGGAAUGUAGAAGGUGUCAAUUUUGAGAACUAUCAGGUUCAUGUACUGGCAGCUGUCCUUAAGAGCUUCUUCCGUGAUAUGUCUGAACCUCUACUAACAUUUGACAGUUAUGAGGACUUCCUCAGAGCAGCGAAUCUGACAGAUCCUCAGGAUAGAGUCUCUACACUGUUCACUAUUCUCAAGAAACUUCCCAAACCUAAUUUUGAUCUUAUGGAAAGGCUGAUCUUCCAUCUAGCCAGGGUGGCAUUACAUGAGGAUGCUAAUCGCAUGAAUGCAAGUGCACUGGCCAUUGUGUUUGCACCAUGCAUUUUGAGGACCAACAAGAUUGUACCAGCCCAGGAUUCUUUGCAUGAUAUUGGUCGUCAGACACAGUGCAUUGAAACGAUUGUGACAGAGCAGCUUCGUAAGGUUCGAUCUACGCUUGCUGACAUUGACACUCUGGACACCGCAUGCCACACUGCUACUCACAGGCUCUCCUCAUUACGCAGCUCCAAGGUAUUUAGCCCAGAGGAGCUUCUGCCUGUUGACAUCUCAAACAGUGAUCCAAAACCUGCUUUAUUGAAUCCGGAUGAUGAAGAGGCACUAUUAAUGGGUCAUAUUCAGGAGAUUCAGAAGGAAAAAGCUUUAUUGACAUCAGCCUUGCCCAGCCUCACUAGGACAACUUCUGAUGAUGACCUUUUGUCGACUGAUAUUGAUGAUGGAAGUUUAGAUGAUGUGACAAGUCACCUGGAGGAAGGUGAGCAGGAACGACACCAUGGUCGCAGGGCACGAGGAACACCAGGACAGAAGUCAGUUGUAUCUCGUUCCAUGUCUGGUGGAGAUGGUGAAUCAAGUAGUGCAGAUUUCAAUAGCAAGGUGUUGCACCAGUCCAGUGCCCCAGUUCGACUCAAAAGACAAUCCUCAUCUGACAACAGUGUAGUGUCUCUGUAUCCUCCAAUUGAAGUGGACUGUGAUGAAGACCCAAUCAUGGUCUAAACAUUUCAUUCAUUUUAUUAUCCAGUUCUCCAAGCCCCUCUUCAAAAACUUCUAACAGGUGAAGAGCUAAGGCUUUGUCCACAUUUGUCUCCCAGGCCACCACAGGUAAACUGCUCUUUAAUAACUUAUUUUCUUUAUUGGCAAAUCUUUGCUACUUUGUUGGUGCAAAUAAUACGGUCACUGUUAGUGGGCAUGAUGCAUUAAGGGUGGUUAUUCAGUCAAGCUGGUGUUCAUGUGGAUUACGCAUGGUGUGUUUCUGUUGCUGUAUUGUAUGGAUAUUUCAGUGAUCAGAUUCUACUAUAGUAGUGCUGUAGACUUGUUUAAAACUUCAUGUGAUUAAGAUGGCUUUCCAUGAUUGCUUAACCUAUUCACACUAGUCAACACACACAUAUAUGAUAGGGAUAACCAGUUAGUAGAUUGCCAGGACUUUGAUAAAUGACUGUAGUAAUUUUGCAGUGUAUUUAAAGAAGGGCAGGUAACUGUAAGCUACUGUUACAUAAUAUUUCACAUGACAUGGUGGAUGUUUACAGUUACUAAUUGGGUGUCCUUCCUAUAUGUGUUUCUGGAUGGAUUGUUACUAGUGUUACAACUUAUGCACUAUCAUUCUGGUUAGCAAAGAGAAUUUACAAGAAUCCUAAUUUUGUUCAGUCAUCAGUGCUGAAAAUCAGAUGUUUAAAUAGUUCAUGUACCUUAUUUGGUAGAUACUGUAUUGUAUCCCCCCUAGCAUUUACAUACAUGUUGGUUUCUUUCAGAAUUGAAGUGCACUUUGGUAGUUUAUCUGUGAUAAACUUCAGUUCUUGAAUAAUUCUCUUUCCUCUCAGGAGGUAGGUAUGCACUACCCCUGUGACACUAUUGUUUUAUUGAUCUAACAGUCAGUUUCAUUGUAUUUUAUUAAUAAAAAAUGUUGGGUUACACAGAUGACAAAUUGUGGAUUUACUAUGCCUCAAAUAACCAUUUUGAUUCCGUCAAUAGAACUGUUUUUGGAGAAUAAAAGUGUUGCAUGUUAAACCAUUCAGUGAUGACAGUUGUUUCAUUCACCAAAAAGAAAAUGCUUUUAUUGUAUUUGCGUUGACAUAAGUGUAUGAGAAAAUAAUUUCCUAUGUAGCCCUUAGAGACACUUGUUUUAAGGAGUUUGGAAUCAUAACAUAGCAAGUUACAUAUCUUGAGACAUUAAAAUGUCAUAAUAAAUAUUUUUACAGGAGGAUCAUCCUCAUCAAUUCACUGUUGAUACAUCUGUGUCUAGAUAUUUGUAAGGUACCUGGUAAAACUCUACUUUUUCAUGUAAUGUGUACUGACUAGUUAGUUGCCUGUGAAUUGAAUUACUUCUCACUACAUAGAUUGGCAGGUCCAAUGUCAGAGUUGACGAAUUGACUUGAAGGUGGAAACAGAAAUUACAAAAUCAGUUUAUAAUUGUUUAUAAAAAUUGUAAUUAUAAAGUAAAUAGGAUGUUAAAUUUUAAAUAAUGCAAUCAAAAGAACGUCCAAAAAUUAUUGGAACCACUUCAUUGUUUUCCUGUUUUGUGGUGGUUUCACUUCGUUCAUUCUGCACCUCAUUACUGGAGUUUUUUUCUUAGUGCUGUAGUAGCUAGUUUAUCUUAUCUUAAGAUGAGGAGAAAUGCAGGAUGAAUGGUGCUGACAAAUUGAGAUUACAAAUACAUGUGGAAUAAGUAUGCUUUUAAGAUAUAAUAAUCAUUUUAAAGAAUACCUUACCUGAACCAGUUACAUAGUUUGUCUGUGGUAUUGGCUAUGCCUCUGGUGUUGUAAUUAUUUUGAUAUUAAAGUGAAAGCUUUACAAAAAUAAACUGUGAGCACAUGAACAAAAUUGAGUAGUUGAGUAGUACUUCAUAUUUGUUAAUACAUUACACACAGUAGAGACUCUUUAACACUGGGACAUAAUGUCUGUUUCUUGAUGUCGCUUUUUAAAUGGAAUUAAUAGAGUGGAGAGAGAACCGUAAUAUAUAUUCUAAUAUUUUAUGUAUCAAAAUUUGUUUAUGAAAGCAAUUAUCUCUGCAUCUCUACAUAUAUGUGCAUGUUCCAUGCUGUCAUAAAAUAUGGAACAAAUGACUUGUUAUUGUAUUUAAUGUAAACUGCUAAAAGAAUUCAAGAGUUUUCAUGUUAAUUCAUGUGGGAAAUUUUCCCUGUUACUAAAUGGAGAAAAGUUUAUUAAUAAUAAGUGUUGUGAAAUUCCAUUGAUUGGAUUUUUUCCUCUUUUUUAAAAGAAGUCAGUAGAUUUAUCUAUCUCAGUGGGAGUGAGCUGUGUAUAUUUAUCUCCAUUAAUUCAUUUUGAAUUAUUGUAAUUUUCCUACAUGUUUGUGAAAUACAAAUUCUUUACCAGAAUUCUAAAAUAUUGUAAUACUGAUACAGUAAUACUCAUCUACUGCAGUUAAGCAGUAGUCCUUGUCACAGUUCUAUAAUUGGUAAUGCUGAUGAUGAAGUGAGGCUACAUAUUGAAUUAAAUUGCAUAAUGUGGGAAUAAAUAGUUGUCUUUCCCCGCCUUUUCUUCUCUCUUUCUUACCCACAGGUCCAGACAUGGCAGUGUAAGAAACUUUAUUCACUUGCUAUACACCAGUCUUUAUGUUUGUUCAAAAGGCACGUGCACAUUUUUUUGCAUUCUCAUCUUGAAGGUCAUCCAGCACUCUACUACAAGGCACACUGUUUUUAUUACCCUCAGCGGCAUUCAAACCUAAGUUAUGCAAGAAUGUUGAUAUAAAGUUUUAAUUUUGGUUACAUAUCUCUUCAUUACUAGUCCUUCAUUUAGUGUCAUUUGGUCAAGUGUCUGAGGCUGUACUUCAUUCUUUUAAUCACUUUUUGCUAUAUUGUUACUGUAAUAAAUAUUCAGAUUGUAAGUUGUAUUUUGUUAUUGUAUCACCAUAAUUUCUUUGUGACAUUCUACAUUAUUUUCAUUUUAUAUGAGGCUUCCUUCAGAGUUCACAGCAUUGUUUCUCGGAAUUUUCAAAGUUGAAGGAGCCAUUCUUAUGUCACAGUACAUGUUGCCAUUAAUUUGGCAACAAAUUAUAAUUGGUCAAGUCUUUGCUGAUUCUGUGACACUGUAGAACAUACAAGUGGCUACUUUUGCAGUGAUCCUAUGAAUGUAGCAUGUUGCCAAUGCAUAGUUACUUCUAUGCUGUGCAGUAUCAUACUCAUUAUAUGCCUUCCUUAAAGUUUUGAAGAAACUUCUUGCCAUGUAAGAGCAGGUAUUACAAUCUGUUAAAAAUAUGUCUAGUCAAAUUUUUAUGUAAUUAAAAUCCUUCCAUAGUGUUAACAUGAAGUGAUCUAUUUUGACAGAACUCUGAUUUUUUUAAUUUGUCUGAAUUGUUUUAACAUAUGGCCCUUCCUGUAAAUUUAAUCAAAAAUAUGUUUUUUUACAGAAUCAGAUACAUUUUAAAUGCACUUAAUACAAAUCACAUCUGCUUUUACAUGAUGAGAAACCUUUUCAAAAUCUUGACAAAAGUCUGUUGUGAGCACUGUGUUCUUUGGAAUGUGUGAGAAUUAUGGGUAUGUUGUGUGCAUGUGUCACAUAUAAAUGUAAUACAGAAAUGGAAAUAAUUUUAUAUCUAUUUGUAAGAAAAAUGUACAGAUAUGUAAACAUACAUUAUAAUUAUAAACCUGUGCUAUAAUUA